CGCGGCUGAGAUGUCAGAUUCCUCUUUGUAAGCUCGACGGCGGGACCUCUCCUCUCACGCCGGUUCCGUGCGACGACGACGAGUAGCAGAUCUCGCUCAGCUGGAAGAGAGAGAAGAGAUCGAGCAGCACGGAAUCAAUAAGUCGAAUAAUUAAUUUCCGACCUUGGAUCCGUGCCUGUCUCUCUCUCGUCUCCACCAAGCCAGGUCAGACGAGCAGAAGCCUUGCGUGAGUCGGCAUGAUGACGACGACGACGACGGCGUCGGGUACUGGCGCGCCAUCGUCGCCUGCCUACCUCUUCCCGCCCAUCUACUCCUUUGCGCCCUUUUUCACGCUGCAGCGCAACGACCAGACGCUCGCCUCGCAGCUCCAGCUCUGGACGCGCUUCGUCGUCGACUACUGCGCCGCCAAGCGCCUCUUUGUCCUCGAUGCCGAUGCCGCAGAUGGCAGCAGUGACGGCGGCGAGAUCUUCAGCAACAGUGCGAUUGGCAGAGGGCUCGACCGCGCUGCGAGGAGAAAGGUGCUGAAACACCUCGUCGACGAAGGGAGGGGCGCGUGGGUCGGGAUAAGCGGCGGCGGCGGCAGUGGCGGUGGCAGCGGCUACGGCAGCAAGGUCUGGGGACGGGGGACAACCGCAGCCGACGAGGCAGGGGGAGACCGCGCCUUGGUGUUCUGGAAGAGACCAGACGAGUGGGGCGAGAUCAUCUAUCAAUGGGUCGUGGCGACGGGCCAGAAUCGGAGCAUCAUGACUUUCUUUGAAUUGACAGAGGGAGACCUGGUCCAGAACACAGAAUUCAGAGGGAUGCCCAUUCCCCUGCUCCGGCUGGCACUGGCGACACUUGAAAAGACGGGCCGGGCAAAGGUGUUUGAAGGCAGCGAGUCGGGCGAGUCCAUGACCGGCGUCAAGUUUGCCUGAAGAGACCACACAAACACAGC